CCGGGGGGUAGCAUUUGUGAAUGGUUUCAAACUGAGUGAGAUGUGAAAUGAUUUAUGAUGUUUUAUCAGCACUUUAGCAGAUGUUUUUUUUAUUCGAUGUGACAUUCUUCAGGACUGGAUUGUAAAGGGGAAACGAUGUCGGACGCUGAAGGUGCUCGCAGUCCAGACCAGCUGAAUAAAUUCAAGAAACUGACCGGCAGGCCGCCGCACGGUGAAACGUUAGCAGGUCAUCGUAAUCCCCCUGCCCGCAGUGGUCAUCGCUGUGUUGCAGACAACACUAACUUGUAUGUAUUUGGAGGAUACAAUCCUGACUACGAUGAGUCAGGAGGCUCAGACAAUGAAGAUUAUCCACUGUUCAGGGAGCUGUGGAGGUACCACUUUGCCACAGGCUGCUGGCAGCAGAUUCGAACAGAAGGCUACAUGCCCACCGAGUUGGCGUCUAUGUCAGCUGUUUUGCAUGGCAACAACCUCCUGGUGUUUGGAGGCACUGGGAUCCCCUUUGGUGAAAAUAACGGCAACGACGUUCAUGUUUGUAACGUGAAGUACAAGCGAUGGUCACUGCUCAACUGCCGUGGGAAGAAACCCAAUAGAAUCUAUGGACAGGCAAUGGUCAUUAUAAACGGCUUCCUAUAUGUGUUUGGAGGGACCACGGGGUACAUCUACAGCACAGACCUGCACAGGCUGGACCUGACCACCAGGGAGUGGAUCCACCUCAAGCCCAACAACCCGCCUGACGACCUGCCUGAAGAACGGUACAGGCAUGAAAUAGCACAUGACGGACAGAGGAUCUACAUUCUGGGAGGGGGAACUUCCUGGACAUCUUAUCCUCUGGACAAGGUGCAUGCAUACAAUCUGGAGACCAAUUCCUGGGAGGAGAUUACAACUAAACCUCAUGACAAAAUAGGGUAUCCUGCUCCCAGGAGAUGCCAUAGCUGUGUGCAAAUACGAAAUGAUGUAUUUAUCUGUGGUGGCUACAAUGGGGAAUUGAUAUUGGCUGAUCUGUGGAAGAUCAACCUGCAGACUUUCCAGUGGAGUAAACUACCAGCAGUGAUGCCUGAGCCGGCCUACUUCCACUGUGCUGCUGUCACCCCAGCUGGCUGCAUGUACAUCCAUGGUGGUGUGGUGAACAUCCAUGAGAACAAGAGAACUGGCUCUCUGUUUAAGAUCUGGCUGGCAGUGCCCAGCCUGCUGGAGCUGUGCUGGGAGAAGCUCCUCAAGGCUUUUCCACAUCUGACUUCACUCCCCACCAUGCAGCUGCUCAACCUGGGUCUCACACAGGAACUCAUUGAACGUUUGAAAUAAAUCGCACAGUGAAGGACAGAUAGCGGAAUGGAUGAGAUGGGCUGGGCUGGAGUGGGAGGAGAUGAGGUCUGACAGAGCACAGAAGUCAAUUCACAGCAAAAUUCUCGGGAAAAUGCCCUCUUGCUCCCCCUGCCUAACGUAGCCCCGCCUUAAAACCAAAAACAAUGGGAUGCCUUUUUUCGUUGUUUUUGAUCUUAUUUUUUGCAGUUCCAGUGAUGAUAAAGGAAAUAAAUGUGGAAUGUUUUAUGGAUUUUAUUCACCACCACCACCACCAUCCCUGUUACUUACAUGAUGCCUUUGUGUCAAGCUAAGUAUGAAUUCCUGCUUCUCAUCAGCCAAACUGUGACCGCUGGAAAUACUUUAUUUUGUCAUGUCAUGUUUUCAAAGACGGUCCUCUCCUGUUAUUUUAAAAAUCCACCUUCUCUAGUACUUUUAAGAAUUCUGUGCAAAGGAAGAAUGCAUGUAUAUUUAUUUUGAAGGACUAAAUCUGUUUUUGGGGUAUCAUGAUCACCUGAUAUUGCUGUUUGCACACUUUGUCUUGCAUAUUUGUAGGCACUUACUUUUUUAAUAUAUCCUGUAAGCAGGUUUCAGUCUGAAAAUUGGCAGAGAGUGGUUUUACUAAAGGACCAUGCCAGUAUUUUUGUGCAUUUUAGUCAAUUUAAUACAGAUCUCAUAUAAAUUUAAUCACUGUUGACAUUCUGUAGUGUUUUACAUUUUGAAACUGUUUUUGUGACUUUCUGGGCAGCCUUUUUGUUUCAGUUUUCUCCUCAUGGUAUGAAAAUUAACUUCCAACUUGCUUGAGUUAAGUAGUCAACCACAGAGAUUUUCAUGUCUUUUUUUUUAUUGUUGAAGUUACAUAACUUUGACAUAAAUAAAAACAGACAUGGUGUUCACUGUGUGGGAUUACCAAUCUUAAACUUCAAGUCUUUCCGAGUUUUUUUUUGUAUUAUAUGAAUGUAAACAAGUGUCUGCCUGGAGGUAAGGAAAAACAUAAGAAAAAAAAAAACUAAGUUAUGUUAUGCCUUGAAAAUGGUCAUGAGUAAUAUAUGUUAUUUGUGGUAAAUUGACUAAAACGUGAAGAAAAUGUUAAAUGCUGGUUUUGCCCAUGUCUGAGCCCCUGUAUCUUCCUGUUUUCUAUUAUACAUCAUGUUGCAGCCUAGCCUGGAGAAUUAUCUGCAAAAAAAGUCAGGUGGGUAUCUUCAAGAUAGUUUCCAUCCUGUUUGCUCGCAGCUCUCAUUUGUAAACAAACCCAUGCAACACAUCACUGUGAAUUUGGUGCUCUUUAAACUUAAUUUAAAAUGCUUUUAUUCGAAUAAAGACUUAAUUCUGUUCAGACGUUUACUCCCUCUCUGUUGAUGACAUUUGAACUGGUUUUGUCACAGGGAGUCGCUUUAGUAGCAGGCUUAUACAAACAUUUGUGUAUACUGCAGUGCCUUUCAAACUUUUAAUGAGGUUGAAAUUUCACCAGUUUAGGAAGUAUAAGAUCUUUUCGUGUUUAGACAAACAGGUUUUAUGUUGAAAAAUCUUUGUUUUAGAGUAAGUGAAUAUUUUAACCAGUUUUAACAGUCCAAUCAUUACAAACUGUAUAAUCACUCAACAUGUUGGCCAAAAUGGUGAUUUCUGUAUACCGUCUUAAUGUAGAAGACUUCCUUCUCUUCCUGCAAACAACCAGACAAAGUAAUUUGCAGGACAGGAUGAAGCAUAUUUGAAGGUGAUAUGUUAAUUUAACUGAUGCCAAAUAAUGUUGCACCUAGAACAAAAGUAUCGUUAUAAUUAUGAAUGAGAGGUUACGGCGAGAUGUUAGAUUUUCAGUCAGGACGGGCUGUUACCAGAUGUUUUGAUGCCUCCCACAAACGCAUGAAUCUGCCUGCACUUCUUUACCAUACCCCUUUAUUUAUGUUCUGCAUUACAAACUACUUGGUGCAUGAUGUCAUUUCCUGCUUUUUCUAUUAACAUCAUCAGCUCUUUACUUUGAGACAUAGAUUUAAAAAGGUGACCACUUAAAUGUUGUAUAGUAGACCUGUGUGAAUGUUGUGUUGGAUUUCUGUCAAUAA